AUGCCUCAAGAAACUCAGCAGCCGACCGAGCACAAGGAGUCCUUCUUUGAGAAGAUCCUCGGCCACCACCACAAGCAUGGAAACGAGGGCCAGGCCGCCGAGGACAAGCCUCAGGGCAGCGAGGGCGGGCUGCAUUCCGAGCUGAAAAAAGACGAGGAAGGCCUCAAGCAAUACCUCAAAGAGGACAAGGAGCUCGAAGAAGAGGGUCGAACCUAUGGAGGCUUGAUGUAG